AUGAACGGCGCCGCGGAUGGAGCGUGCUCGCUGCAGUUCGACGCGGCGACGACGAAGGAGUUCCUACGGCUGCAUCGCGUGCUGAUGCGGCAGGACGCGAGCCGCACCACGAACGCCGACACGCUGUCGUGGCUUUUCGACGCCGCCAAGGCGCAAAUCGACGAGCUGGCGUGGCGGGACGGCAAGCGCAUCCGAAUAACAACGGAUAUUCCUGACAUUGCGGACAUUCUCCCCGCGCCCAUCUGGCACAUCAUCUUCCGCCUCCUGCUGCUAUCUUUCCCGCCAUCCCUUGCCCCCGCAGCUGACAUUGCGGACAUUCUUCCCACGCCCAUCCGGCACAUCAUCUUCCGCCUCCUCCUGCUGCCGCCCGCCAGCCCCGACGAACCCGCCGACGCCGCUGCCGCCGCCGCCGCCGCAAGCACGCCUACCGCCCUGGCGAUCAGCCACCGCCACCCCGAGUGGAGCAAGAGCGUGCUCUACCUCCUCCGGUGGCCGCACCACCAGCUAUCCCUCGCCUUCACCGCCCCUCCCCACCUGCUCUCCCUCGGCCCCCACAUCGCAUGCUCCCACCGCACCCUCUCCUCCCUCUCCCUCAAACUUCGACGCACAGUAGACGGAGACGAGGAGCAGGAGCAGGAGCACGCACAGCAGCACUGGUCCCUUGAUUUCCUCAAAGACUGCUCGCAGCUGCAGCGGCUGAAGCUGGGCCGCGGCAAGUGGGAUCUCACCAGCCAAUGCGCCGACGCCACGUGGACGAAAUCCCUCCACUGCCUCACCAUCAACGACAUGGAUUGGACCAGCCUGGACCUCGAAUUCCUCAAGCAAAUCACCCCGCAGCUUCUAGAAUUCACGCUCUACGAGCCUGAGCCCUGCAGGCGCCUCGCACACGGCCCCCAUGGGGCCCAUUAUGGCGGCUACCACUGCCUCUCCUUCUCUUUCUACGUUGCUCGCCUCCUCCGCUUCCGCUUCCCCCACUGCGACCUCAAGCCCAGGCUCACCGUCUCCCCCACGCUCAAGACCCUCUCAGUGGUGGCCAAACGGCUGGUCCUCUCCUGCAAGAGCAUCGCCCCUCUCGAUCUCGACCACCUCUCGUUGUACGGCCAGGAUCGUCUCGUCAUCCCCUCCCUCCGCCUCGCAUUGGCACGAGUAGCCUACCUCAACGGCCCUGCGACCGAUGAGUUCUCCUCCCUCUCAUCCUCCCCUUAUCUUCGCUUCUACGAGCAGCUGCCUCUGUACCUGCGGCACAUUCCUCUUUCCCGGAGCAGAAAUUCCUUUUCUUGGAGCACGUGGCUGCGUACGAUUGCGCCUAAAGUGGAGGUGCUUGUAGUGAGGCACGGGGUGCCAAUAAAGAGGGUGAAGGCGGUGUGGCGGAGCCUGCGCAGCCUCGGGAUUGUCGUGGGCGGCAAAGUUUGUCACGACCCGGACUGGGAGGCUGCGGUGGAUAGUUCGCCAGACGAUCACCCUCCCUCCUGUUCAUCUCAUCCGUUCGCCAGACGAUCACCCUCCCCCCCGUUCAUCUCAUCAGUUCACCAGACGAUCACCCUCCCUCCCAUUCAUCUCAUCAGUUUGCCAGACGAUCACCCUCCCUUCCGUUCAUCUCAUCAGUUCGCCAGACGAUCACCCUCCCUCCCGUUCAUCUCAUCCGUUCGCCAGACGAUCACCCUCUCUCCCGUUCAUCUCAUCAGUUCGCCAGACGAUCACCCUCCCUCCCGUUCAUCUCAUCCGUUCGCCAGACGAUCACCCUCCCUCCCGUUCAUCUCAUCCGUUCGCCAGACGAUCACCCUCCCUCCUGUUCAUCUCAUCCGUUCGCCAGACGAUCACCCUCCCUCCCGUUCAUCUCAUCCGUUCGCCAGACGAUCACCCUCCCUCCCCUUCAUCUCAUCAGUUCGCCAGAUGAUCACCCUCCCUCCCGUUCAUCCCCUCCGUUCGCCAGACGAUCACCCUCCCUCCCGUUCAUCUCAUCAGUUCGCCAGACGAUCACCUUCCCUCCCGUUCAUCUCAUCAGUUUGCCAGACGAUCACCUCCCUCCCGUUCAUCUCAUCCGUUCGCCAGACGAUCACCCUCCCUCCCGUUCAUCUCAUCCGUUCGCCAGACGAUCACCCUCCCUCCUGUUCAUCUCAUCCGUUCGCCAGACGAUCACCCUCCCUCCCGUUCAUCUCAUCCGUUCGCCAGACGAUCACCCUCCCUCCCAUUCAUCUCAUCAGUUCGCUAGACGAUCACCCUCCCUCCCGUUCAUCUCAUCAGUUCGCCAGACGAUCACCCUCCCUCCCGUUCAUCUCCUCCGUUCGCCAGACGAUCACCCUCCCUCCCGUUCAUCUCAUCAGUUUGCCAGACGAUCACCUUCCCUCCCGUUCAUCUCAUCAGUUUGCCAGACGAUCACCUCCCUCCCGUUCAUCUCAUCCGUUCGCCAGACCAUCACCCUCCCUCCCGUUCAUCUCAUCCGUUCGCCAGACGAUCACCCUCCCUCGCGUUCAUCUCAUCAGUUCGCCAGACGAUCACCCUCCCUCCCGUCCAUCUCAUCAGUUCGCCAGACGAUCACCCUCCCUCCGGUUCAUCUCAUUCGUUCGCCAGACGAUCACCCUCCCUCCCGUUCAUCUCAUCAGUUCGCCAGAUGAUCACCCUCCCUCCCGUUCAUCUCAUCCGUUCGCCAGACGAUCACCCUCCCUCCCGUCCAUCUCAUCCGUUCGCCAGACGAUCACCCUCCCUCCCAUUCAUCUCAUCCUUCUCCAGACGAUCACCCUCCCUCCCGUCCAUCUCAUCCGUUCGCCAGACGAUCACCCUCCCUCCCGUUCAUCUCAUCAGUUCGCCAGACGAUCACCCUCCCUCCCGUUCAUCUCAUCAGUUCGCCAGACGAUCACCCUCCCUCUCGUUCAUCUCUUCAGUUCUCCAGACGAUCACCCUCCCUCCCGUCCAUCUCAUCCGUUCGCCAGACGAUCACCCUCCCUCCCGUUCAUCUCAUCCGUUAGCCAGACGAUCACCCUCCCUCCCGUUCAUCUCAUCAGUUCGCCAGACGAUCACCCUCCCUCCCGUUCAUCUCAUCAGUUCGCCAGACGAUCACCCUCCCUCCCGUUCAUCUCUUCAGUUCUCCAGACGAUCACCCUCCCUCCCGUUCAUCUCAUCCGUUCGCCAGACGAUCACCCUCCCUCCCGUUCAUCUCAUCAGUUCGCCAGACGAUCACCCUCCCUCCCGUUCAUCUCAUCAGUUUGCCAGACGAUCACCCUCCCUCCCGUUCAUCUCAUCCGUUCGCCAGACGAUCACCCUCCCUCCCGUUCAUCUCAUCCGUUCGCCAGACGAUCACCCUCCCUCCCGUUCAUCUCAUCAGUUCGCCAGACGAUCACCCUCCCUCCCAUUCAUCUCAUCAGUUCGCCAGACGACCACCCUCCCUCCCGUUCAUCUCAUCCGUUCGCCAGACGAUCACCCUCCCUCCCGUUCAUCUCAUCCGUUCGCCAGACGAUCACCCUCCCUCCCGUUCAUCUCAUCCGUUCGCCAGACGAAUCAUGCUCCCUCCCGUUCAUCUCAUCAGUUCGCCAGACGAUCACCCUCCCUCCCGUUCAUCUCAUCCGUUCGCCAGGCGAUCAUCCUCCCUCCCGUUCAUCUCAUCAGUUCGCCAGACGAUCACCUUCCCUCCCGUUCAUCUCAUCCGUUCGCCAGGCGAUCACCCUCCCUCCCGUUCAUCUCAUCAGUUCGCCACACGAUCACCCUCCCUCCCGUUCAUCUCAUCAGCAGCAGCAGCAGCAACAAGCACUCCUGCCUCCGGUUAUCAACGCUCCAAAUCUGAAGUCUUUUUUCUUCCCUACUCGCAGGCCCUAUGGCUCGCGCGCCCUUGCUCGCCUGCGCAUGAGCUUCCCUUCCCUGGCGCUUUUCUGUGUUAUCGACCGCUCGUACUUCUGGGAGCGGAAGGGGAUGAGGGUGAUGGGUGGGCCUGUGGUGCACGUGAGGCAGGAGAAGAGUGGCGUGCUAAGGUGUCGCUUUGGUGCGAAGAAACUGGCGAAGAAUGUGAGGGAGAAGAUGCACAGUGUGAAUGGUGGGCUCGUGGAGGGGUAUAUUGCGGAGGAGGAUGAGCGACAUCUCCUGAAGUACCAAGGCCGAUCUUAG